CAGAGUUCAGGCCCAAAGGCAGUUUAUUGCUGAACUUUGAUCUUUAUUACAAGUAAGACAGUUAUCAUCAGCUGCAUGUAAAACAUUUUCACAUUUCGUUGUGAUUGUCACUGUAAGGAACCACUAUGAUCAGGUUUUCUGUUUUAGUCUGCCUAUCAGUGCUGUUGUUCAGCACUUCAGCCAAGCCAUACAGGCCCAGGGAAAAAGUGUUGGUCAAAACAGUUCAGGAUACUAUAGUUUUUGAUCAUCCCAAUGGGAAGAUGAUCCUGGGAAUGAAGGAGGUGGAGCCACCGCAGGACAUGGACAUUACAGAUUUUGACAUCGAUCACAACAUGAUGAUUUGGAAAGCGGCAAAAGAAAAAAUGCAGCAGAAAUACGACAGACCUGAAGAGGAUAAAGAUGCUCUCUACCACCCCUUUGACAAAAUACAUCUAGCUGAUGCAAAACAGUCUGAAAACUACUUUCAGCCACUGGGACGCGAUCAGGUACGGAAGUAUGACAAAGCAGAAGAAGACAGAGAUCAUCUAUACCACGGCAGGUUUGAUGUAGCUGAAGAGCCAAUGAGAGAAGAGAAGGAUGUAAUUGGAGGUAAUGUCAGGCCCAUGUAUUUAAGCCCUGAAGAGGACAAAGAUGACCUGUACCAUGCAUAUGUUAAAGAACUUCGGUCCGACCAGCAGGUUCAGGCUCCAAUGAAUAUAUUCCCCAAUCGUCCCAAAAGGGUACACACUGAGCCAGAGGUAGACCUGGAUGACCUUUAUCAUAAGCAAUGAGAGAAUAAGUCAUGUCAUGUCUAAAGGAUUGCAAUACUGGAUAUUAAUUCACUAUGCAUAGUUUUAAUUAAACACUCUCUGUUUUUUCAGUCUUGAUAUAAAAUGUGUUUUAACAGAUUUUUGUUUUAAAUAUUGCUAAUAUUGAACAUAGAAAAUGAA